CGAAACCAAAAAGGAAGAAACAAAGCACAACACCAAGAGCUAGAGAUGUCGGCGUGAACUUCCUUUUUCGCUGAAAUUUGGAGGGCAUCAUUGAAGUGCAGUGUACAAUUCACGCUACGUUACUCCAUCGGGCUUGUAACAUUCGUACAUAUCGUUGAAAGAAGAAGCAUGGACUGCUCAUGCUCUCCGUUUUAAUCACAGAGAAAGUUAGCUCACGGGCUCACCUCUAGCUAACUGUGCACAUGCGCGGUGUACCUUUGGUCGCCAGGGACCUAUCUUGACCAAACAGGAUCUUUGUUAAAAGUUUCAGUGUGCAUAAAUAGCGUGCAGGGGGGUAGGGGUUAUCAAAGAAGUCAAAGUUGGACAGGGAAGGUGAAGCUUUUCUCACUAAACGUAGAUUUAGCUGAGUAGUUCUUCAGGUGUUUGUAGCCAGCUGAGCUAAGCUGUGACUGGAGAUGAGGCUGAGUGGUGUGCUAGUGUGUGUGCUCCUGCUUUGGGUUGAAGGGUCGUGGGGUGACACACCGGCAAACUGCACUUAUGAGGACCUGCUGGGGACAUGGGUGUUCCAGGUGUCCAAAGGAGGGCACGAUAAGACCAUCAACUGUUCCACACAAGCUACAUUUGAGAACACAGUGACUGUGACCUUCGAAAAACUGUCGGUGGCCACAGAUGAGCUGGGGAACACUGGCUUCUUCACCCUCAUCUACAACCAGGGCUUUGAGGUGGUCAUCAACGGAUACAAAUGGUUCGCUUUCUUUAAGUACACAGAGGAAGGCCCUAAGGUGACCAGCUACUGUGACCAGACCCUGCCAGGGUGGGUGCAUGAUGUCCUGGGAAACAACUGGGCAUGUUUCAAGGGAAAGAAAGUGAAAUCAGUGCCACCCCAAACACGUUACAAACCACUUUACAGCAGCAGGCUGCUCCAGAAGCCGUACAAACACAACUUGGACUUCAUUGAUUCUAUCAACUCGGCUCAGAAAUCCUGGCGAGCUGUAGCCUACCCCGAGCAUGAGAAGUACACUCUGCAGGAGCUGCACUUCAGAGCAGGGGGUCCUGCCUCCCGUAUCCCCAUGCGUGUUCGCCCAAUGCCUGUGAAACCAGAACUAGCCAAGACGGCGGCAGCUCUGCCUGAACGCUGGGAUUGGAGAAAUGUGAAUGACGUGAACUUUCUCAGCCCUGUGCGGAACCAAGCAUCAUGUGGUAGCUGUUACUCUUUCGCCACCAUGGGAAUGCUGGAAGCUCGCGUUCGAAUCCGCACCAACAACAGCGAGACCCCUGUCCUUAGCCCGCAACAAGUGGUGUCCUGUUCAGAGUACUCUCAAGGUUGUGACGGUGGGUUCCCCUAUCUGAUCGGGAAGUAUGCACAGGAUUUUGGCAUUGUGGAUGAGUCAUGCUUCCCAUAUAUUGGACAGGACUCCCCUUGUGGCGUCCCCCAAAACUGCGUCCGAGUUUACACGGCAGAAUACAACUACGUCGGUGGAUUUUAUGGCGGCUGCAGUGAGAUGGCCAUGAAGUUGGAUCUGGUCAAAAAUGGACCCAUGGCGGUCGCAUUCGAGGUCUACCCUGACUUUAUGCACUACAAGGAGGGCAUCUACCACCACACAGGCCUCGCAGACCCCUUCAACCCCUUUGAGCUCACCAACCACGCUGUGCUGCUGGUCGGGUACGGCCACUGCCACAUGACCGGACAGAAGUACUGGAUUGUCAAGAACAGCUGGGGCACCAAUUGGGGCGAAGGCGGCUUCUUCAGAAUUCGUCGGGGCAGUGACGAGUGUUCCAUUGAGAGCAUCGCGGUCGCAGCUAACCCCAUUCCCAAAUUGUAGGGAGGGAAGCUCGGGUUGGGGGUCGGUGGCAGGGUGAUUUGAUCAUGAGUCCCAAGAGGGAAACUUGGAUUCAAUUUCUGUGUAGUUUUAGCUUUUGUCAAUGUGUGCUUUGAAAUGAUCCUAAAAUCUGUCAUUUUUCACUGCAGGUGACAUCAUAUGACACAUGGGUAGCACUGAGCUGUCUUCUUACUGUAACCCAACAAGUCUGAAUAGCAGUAGCUUUGUGACAAUUGCACAACAUUAAGAUAAAUAAUAAUAUCUUCCAGGAAACUACUGUGAUUUGAAAGUAGGCAGAUAUCAUCUUACAUUGAAGGCGCACAGUUAUUAGGGACAUAAAAUCAGUCCGAGGCCUCAUUUUUCAAAGUUGUGUGAAAUUAUUUUCCCCAGCACCUCAAAUUGAUUUGGAUCAAAGGGACUCAUUAUUAAUUUUUUUUACACACAGUACCAAAGUCUGUUGAGCUGAAAUUACAUGUUACUUCUUUUGCAAUUUGGUUCACCCUUCAUUAGCUGCCUGUGGAUGAUUUUACUUAAAGCUGUGACUACCAAAACAAACCAAAAGGCACAACUACAUACGACAAAUCAUGAUGGCUGGUAAAUGUCUAAUCCUUACAUUUAAAGGGAAGUGACCUCUGCAAAGUUGUUUGUGUGUUAGCAGUAGAACUCCAAUCCUCUGUCUUAUGGAAGCACAGUGGAGAUUAUAAUAUGUUCUUGCAUUUUACUGAAAUCAAAAACUGCCUGUGUGGAGCAAUUUAAAGGGAUGUCUUGAUCAAUUUCAUAAAGGGAUCACACUGAUUGUUGUGCCUUUUACUCUGUCUCUGAUUCAGUGUUACAAAAAAUGUUUCCAUUCAUUUGCACUUUUGGAAAAAAAUACAGAAUAAAAGCCUUUUAAAAUGA